AAGUAGAUCCAUCAGCGCAUUUUCCAAUUGCAUAAAAAAUGUCUGGGAAUGUAUCUUCUCCGCCAACUUCACCUUUACUUUCGUCACUGUGAUGGAACAUGCAAUGUUUGACCAAUUGGAUUUCGAGUACAAAAAGAUUAAACAAAAAUUGGCUGUGAUUAAACGAAAAUUGGCUGAAGCUUACAAAAAGUCCUUAAAAGUCGUCAAAACAGAAAUGAUCAAAUCGAUCGAAGAAAGAAAAACUUCAGUUUCCUUUAACAACUACUUUAACUACGAAGACAAACUUCGCAAUGAAGUACAUCUUGCUGUAGAGGAACUAAAUAAAGAGGUGAAUGACUGGUGUACAAAAAAGGCCAAGAAAAGUGGAAACUCCAAUUUCAAAAUAUGUGGGAUCGCAACAAGAAGGAUCAAGAUUUUAACUGGAGAUUAAAACUGAAAAACGCCUACAAUAAACUGUUCAACUUCGAAAGUCGUGUGGAAGAAUACAAAAAAAAAGUGCGUCAGCAAAUCAACAAAUUCUUCGAAUCAACCAAAUCAAACGUUUCCGGAUGGAGAGAAAAUGAAAAGAAUCAAGUAUUCGAAGAAAUGUUCCAAAAAAUUUUAGACGAAGCGAAAAUGGAAUUUCCUACCAUAGACGUGAAAGGUGAAAUUUAAAAAGUGUGUCAAAACAGCAGUGUGAUUAACAAAAGACAAACUGAAAUAAAAUGGACUGAUGAACAGAUCAAUUCAAUAAUGGACUAUCAAUCGUUCUUAAAACUUGAAGAACAACAGUUUGAUAGCGUUUUAAAUGACAACGGCAACUAGAGAGAAAAGAAAAAACAAAAUCGCGUCACAAUGUGUGCUGAUUCUGUUAGAGACACCAUCAACAGAAUCGCAGCUGUGACGCUCUGUUAUGAUAAUAGUAUCGUUUCUCAUAUUAUUCGUGAAAUACAUUCCAAACUACGCGCACACCAACUUACUUAUCAUUCCGAUGUUCAGAAUAUGUUUCAAUAUGGUAUGGUACUUACAGUCAAUUUCAUGGAAAAAAUUCAAGAUCAAUGGGAAAAAGAAAACUCGGUGCCUGCGAAACUCGAGUCCAACAAAGAAAAUCUGCGCAAGAAUUUCAUGAUGGUGUCAAACGGCGUGGCAAAGACCAAGCUGUUUGCUUCUAACAUGGCAGACAUCUUGGAAGAAAAGAUUAUUCCAGCAUUUGAAAAUGAUAUGGUGCAGAGGACUUUUCGAAGAAUUCGAAACGAGCGUUGGCUAUACGAUGCCAGAUUCAUGCAAAAGCACAUGGAUCUCCAUUUGAUCGACUUGCUGGAAAGAGAGAAAUUGAAUCAAGUAUUCGAUUACAUAGCCAAUCCUCAGAGACUUUACGCAGACGUGCUUCACCUCUUAAUCGCUCAAAAGGUCCCCAACAUUGACAAUGAAUGGGAAAGUUUCAAAAAUCAUUUGAGAAAUGCAAUUAAAAAAGUGGCAGCAGUCGAAGUCGACAAAGAAAGAGCGCAGAAUUUGGUCGACCAAUUACGAAAAGAAUUUGUGUAUAGUUAUUUGCAGAGCGAAAUUUUAGGCUCGGCAUUUCGAAUCGAUUUCAGUGGCGAAUACGAAGACUGUGACAACGAAGAAAAGAAAGAAUUUCAAGAGGCCUGCUGGACAAAAUUAAUUGAAGUUCUAGAAAAGCAAGAAGCUAUUACAAAUCAUAGAGAAUAUUUUGAAGAAUUAAUUCCAUGCAAACGAUAA